ACGCCAGGCCUCCCAUCACGGCUUUCACAAAAAAGACUUGCGAAAAGGGGCUUUGUUGUUUCUUUGCGCUCGGAAACCCAAAUUAUUUGCUCGCUACUCAGUUCUUCAAUCAAAUCAAGAGGAGGAAAAUGGCUGGCGGCAAGGCAGGAAAAGACAGCGGCAAGGCCAAGGCCAAGGCGGUGUCUCGCUCGCAGAGGGCCGGCCUACAGUUCCCAGUGGGACGUAUUCACCGACACUUGAAGACUCGCACCACCAGCCACGGUCGCGUCGGCGCCACUGCCGCCGUGUACAGCGCCGCCAUUCUAGAGUACCUCACCGCUGAAGUCCUGGAGUUGGCGGGCAACGCGUCCAAAGACUUGAAGGUGAAGCGUAUCACUCCUCGCCACUUGCAGUUGGCCAUCCGUGGAGACGAGGAGUUGGACUCGCUCAUCAAGGCCACUAUUGCCGGUGGAGGUGUCAUCCCACACAUCCACAAAUCUCUCAUCGGGAAGAAGGGUCAGCAGAAGACGGUGUAGACGGCCCACCUCCAACCACACUUUUCUGGCCUUCCAUAACCAGACCAGAGCUUUUUUAUUUCUUAUUUUUUGGGGGUCAUGAUGAUGAUGAUGAUGAUGAUAGCAAGCCAAGAGUGAUUGUUUAGCAUUUGUGUUGUUAUACCUCCCCACUUAACUAGAAUCACUUAACGACUUAAAAAAAUAAUAAUAAAGAAUUGUAUGCAUCGUGUGGUUAGAAUGCUUGACAAUGUCAAAACGGCGACAGUGAAUUUGUUUGAUCGGCCCGUUCUAUGUUUUAUACUGAAAUUGUUAAAAGCGUUUUGUUUUUAUAUGAUCUGUUUUGUGGUUCUUUCCUUUUGAAUAUAGAGCAUGCGUGAUAUUUUCGAAUGACGGCCAAAAAAAUGUGCAACGGUGCUUUGGAAGUGCACGUGGCAAGUAUUAGCUUUGAUGCUAUAUUUUUUUCAUUGAAAAGAAAAAAAAAUGAUCGCAAAUGCUUACAUGAUUUUUAAACUUGAACAAUUUGAGUGUGAGCUCGUGCCACCUUAGGGGGCGGCAUAUCACUACAUAUGUACACAUUAGAAGUCGCUACAUUUACUGAACCUCAGCAGGGCUUUGACACUCAAAUGUACUGUCUGUGUGUACGCGUGCGCACAACUUGAAGUGAACGCCAUGACAUUCUUGUAAUGAGCAACAUCGGAACCUUUUUUCUUAAAACUGUGUUUGAGUGUGCGGGUGUGUGUUUUGGUCUGAAUAAAACACCCUUUGUAUGCGA